AUGCCGCUCGUUGGUACCUUUGACAUCGAGGGAAGGUCUCCACACAGCGACAUAUACCAAGCGCCGCUUCAUUCCUUGAUAGUCUGGACCCCUCGGCAGACCUACGACAACUGGCGCUUGACGUUCCUGUUCAGAACCACCGUGCGCGGCAUCACCUGCGUCCGCGCGACCUUGCGCUACUCAGCUGCUAGCAACAGCUCUGCUUUCUUCUUCCAGCUCUCGAGCGUCAUGCACCAACAAGCGCCUGGAGCGACCACUGUCAAGUUGGAGUACUCCCAAGAUGUAUACUCUAUCUCCGGCUUCCUUGUCCAGGACGUUAUGAGGUGCAAUUUUGUAGGAAACGUCACGAUGCACUACGUCAUUAGGACUCUCCAGAUCAGAGUUCCUGACUACAGGCUUCUUCCUGGAAAUCGGGGUGUCCAUGGUUGGGCACUUCUUGCUGUGAAAGCCCUGUUUGAUGACGGUCUCCUCCCUGCGGGUACCAUGGAUCAGUUCGCUGCCUCCAUCGGAGCAUUGCGAAAUGCAUCUCAGACAGCGAGGAACGCGAUUGAGUGGCCGAUUCCCUUUGGAGCCACUCCGGGUGUUUGA